AGGGGCAGGAGGGGCAGGAGGGGCAGGAGGGGCAGGAGGGACAGCAGGGGCAGGAGGGGCAGGCACAGCAAGCGAGGCACUGGAACGCAGUGUAUCCGUGCCCUUCCCUCCCUCGCUCUCCUCCUCCUCCCAGUCGUCCUCCUCCUCUGCGCGCCUGCUCUCUCUCUUCCGCCCCAGCUGCACCCUCUCCGCCACCCCCACCUCCCCCGCCUCUCCCGCCGACACGUCGUCGCCUGCCAUACCGCCCAGGAGGGACGGGCGGGGCGGCAGGGCGUACGAGGUGGUGCCCGUGGAUUGGCUGCAGGAGGUGGAGGCGAGGAGGGCGCGCAUGAGCGGAGGGGGGGGGUGGGGGUGCGUGUGAGGCAGGCGGGGGAGUGCGGUGGGCGCGGCAGCUUGGACAGCCACCUGACGAGAGCAGCGGUGGCUGGUGCUGCUGCUGCUCAUGCCCCGGGCUCAAGUGCAUGCCGCUCUAGUGGGUGCUGUGAGACGUGCCCCCCUGCUGCUGCUGUAGGCUUUGCUGCUGCUGCUGCAGGCCUUGCUGCUGCUGCUGCUGCUGCUUCAGGGCCUUCCCUCAAGGAUGUGUGCGGGCAGCUGUGCCGCACCGCGUGUGUGCCUGGCUGCUCGGACCAGUGUACCUCCACACCCUCUCUCACUCCCACCCCUCUCACUCCCAUCACCCCCGCCACUGCCACCACUGCCACCACUGCCACUGCGCCUAUCUCCCUGCCCUCCACCGACUCUGCUCCUUCCAGUGCCUCUGCGCACUCCCCCCAGGGACCCCUUGCCGCCUAUUCCCCACACCAUGAGCCCCGCCUUGUUGCCGUGUGCGUGCAUGCGUGUGGUGCGGGGCAGCAGGGGCACUGUCCCUCAGCAGUGCACGAGGGGGGCGGAAUGGAGGCGGGCAGUGCAGCGGGCCAGCCAGCCAUGCAGCACCAUAUGCAUCCGCCUCACCUCACCAUCCUCACGCCCCACAGCGCCACCAGCACUACAACCACGCCCACCCCCUCUCACCUCACUCCUUCUCUACCCUCCAGCACCACGCCCCUCACCACGCCUGCCAGCGUGCACCAGUGGCGGCGGCGGCGGCGGCGCGAGUGUCCGCGGCGGGACGACAGCGACAGCGUGCGGCGCAUGAACGCAUCGCUGGCGUACCUGUCCACGCGCCACAGCCAGCUCGUGCACCUGGGCGGUGCGGACGACGACGACGGCGACCUGGGCGAAGGGCUGGACGUGGACGAGAUGGUGGCGGGCGCACGCCUGGACGCCGGGGGCGAGGCCGCACUGCUCAUGGGCGCCGUGGGGUGGCAGGGCGAGUGGGGUGCGGCGGGGCACGCAGGGGAUGGGGAGAUGGAUGCAGGGGAUAGGUGGGGGUGCGGUGGUGAGUGUAGUGAGGGAUGGAGAGAGAGCGAGAUGGGGUGGGUGGAGUGCAUGGGUUCUGCAGCCGGUGAUGCUCCCUCCCACGACCGCUUCUCUGGCCCGCUCUCCCAUGAGGUCGCCCCUGCUUUGGGAGAAAACGCCAGCACAUCAGUAGCAGCAGCAGGAGCAGGAGCAUUGCCGUCACCAUCAUGUGCCACUUUCUCAAUCCACGGCAGUCCGUCCAAGGCUGCACCCCACUCAGCCUCCUCCCAUGGCAGCACCCCCACUGGCCUGAGCCCCGCGUGCCUCUCCCCUCCCUGCGACCUCUCCUCCCGCCACAGCCCCUGCCGCAGCAGCCCCCACGCCUCCCCCUCUGCCGCCCUGCCCCGUGUGCCCUGUUCCCUCAGCCACGGGUGCGACACUGCUGCAACGGGCGGGGGGGGAGGCAGUGGCGGUGGCAGUGGGGCGAGUGAGGGGCGGCGGCGGUCCAUGCUGGGGAUGAGCAGGAGCAUGGGCAUGGCCACUCUCUCGCACGCCCUCUCCUCGCUCUCCCAUGCUGCUUCUGCUGUGUCUGGUGGGUCGGCCUCAGGCUCCCCUGCUGCUCCCAGGACGGCCUCCCGCCUCAUGAUGUCCUCUGGGCCCUCAGCAGACGCGCACCUCGCAUAUGGCAGUACGUCCAUGGGAAGUGGCACGGGCACAGGCAGGGGUGCUGACAUGGAUGACCCGCCGCUGCUGGGAAUGAGAGAGCCAUUGCGCGGGGCUGGAGCAGUGGCGGCGGCCGUGGUGGGGGGGGACAUGGAGGGCGACAUGGGGCUGGACAUUGACAUCCUGCUCUCCGACCUGCGCUCCCGCCAGAUGCGCUCCGCCUCUGGGCCCCUGGUGCCGCCCAGGGCAUGCCCCUCACCGCCUGAUGCUCACCCUGCUGCUUCCAUGGCUGCUGCAGCGGCAGUGGCAGUGGCGCGUGUUGAGGGCGGUGGGGGUGAUAGGAGCGGGCUGUUGUGCGAUGUGGCGGUGGAGGGAUGGCGCUGCGCAGCAGAGUCAGACUCGGGUGACUGCUCGCUGGCUGCUUACUAAGUAUACUCCUUUUGCUAAGCAGCUGUGGCGAUGAAUAAUCACCUGCCACUGUUCAUGGUUGUGGAAACAUGCAAUUUUGAUGUGAUUUAGCCAACGGGCUUUGAUAGGUACUCUCAUUAGAGAUACAAUAUAAGCCAAGGCUUACU